GUGCUGAUAUUUAAGAGGAAAGGCUGACAGUGCUGCUGCGGGGAGGGAGCGGGUGCAGGAGCGCCCGGCGGCACACGCACAGCGCCCCGCACGCAGCACUCGGACCGGCCGCGACAUGGACGCGGACACAGAGACCACCGCCCUCUGUCCCUCGGGCAGCCACCAGGCCUCCCCUCCGGGGACGCCCACCGCAGAAGCAGAUGCUACGGCGCUGAAGCAGCCAGAGAAACUGCUGGCAGGCCUGGACCUGGGCGGACCCCCGGGCGCCCCCAGACGCAGGGGCAGUAUGCCAGUGCCCUACAAACACCAGCUGCGGCGCACCCAGGCCGUGGAUGAGCUUGACUGGCCACCCCAGACCCCCUCGUCGGGCUCCUCUGACUCCCUGGGUUCAGGGGAAGCAGGUGCCGCCCCGAAGGAUCGUGUCUUCAAGGUCAUGCUGGUGGGCGAGAGCGGCGUGGGCAAGAGCACCCUCGCAGGCACUUUUGGCGGUCUCCAGGGAGACAGUGCUCACGAGCCAGAGAACCCAGAGGACACCUAUGAGAGACGCAUCAUCGUAGACCAGGAGGAAGUGACGCUGGUUGUUUAUGACAUCUGGGAACAGGAGGACUCAGGCGGGUGGCUGCGGGACCACUGCCUCCAGACGGGGGAUGCCUUUCUCAUCGUCUUCUCAGUCACUGACCGAAGAAGCUUCUCCAAAGUGCCAGAGACCCUCCUAAAACUCCGGGCUGGAAGGCCCCACCAUGACCUGCCUGUCAUCAUUGUUGGAAACAAGAGCGAUCUGGUCCGCUCCAGGGAAGUCUCCGUGGAGGAGGGUCGCCACUUGGCCGGGACCCUGGGCUGCAAGCACAUCGAGACGUCGGCCGCGCUGCACCACAACACGCAUGAGCUCUUCGAGGGCGCCGUGCGCCAGAUCCGGCUGCGGCGGAGCCGGGGCCGCGCGGGCGGCGCCGAGGGGCUGCGGCCGGACUCGGGCAGCCCCGAGGGCCCCGCGCCGCCCGCCCGCCGCGAGAGCCUCACCAAGAAGGCCAAGCGCUUCCUGGCCAACCUCGUGCCGCGCAACGCCAAGUUCUUCAAGCAGCGCUCCAGGUCGUGCCACGACCUCUCCGUGCUCUGAGCUGCCGUCGCCAUGGCCACCGCGGUCGCCAUGGUCACCACCGCGCCCUCCGCAGGCCCUUGCCCCGCCCCGCCCCCGUCUGGCUUCCUUGGUGAAGUCCAGUCUAGGAAACCAAAAACUCCCAGGGCACCCCCACCCCUCGGCAGGACCGCAUGGGGCAAGGUCCCAGGCGGGGGGGACGGGUUCUGGUGGGUCAGGAAGGAAAAUAAUUCUGCAAGUUUUCUGGCUUGGUUUGGUUUGAAUUAAUUCAUGCUUGAUCACCUCUUCUGUAAAGAGAUCUUCAAAGCGAGAGGUGAAAAUGCGUUUUACAGACUCAUUUACAGAGUUUCCACCUUUGUACUCUGCGCAAAUAUGCCUUACCUUGAAGAGAUUCUUAAAGGUAAAGACAUAGACACAACUUUAGUGACUUUUCCUAAAACUUUCUGGCUCUUAUCUGCUGCACUUGUCCACUUUACCUUUAAGAAGUUCUUAAAGGCAAGUGCCUGCAACUGCAAUUUUGGAUAACUGAGUCUGUGGUUUGCCAUUGCACCCCAGACACUGGCACUUCCCCUUUAAAGCUAUUAAGCUUAAGGUGUGGACAGAUUUCCUGCCUUCAGAUGCACCAGCGGGAAGAGCUGAGCUGGGGGCACUUCCCCUUUGGGCUGUGCCCAGGUGGCCCCAGCAAGGGGGCUACCUUAAUCUUUUCAAUAAAGAAUUUUUCUACUGCA